UCCCGCACGAGCAUCAUUCGCACACUUCUCAGUGUCAUUGACAACCCCCAUAUCGAGUACGGCGAUAAUAUCAUCAUCUUCUAUGCCGGACAUGGCUCUUGCUAUUCAUUUUCGGAGGAAGAUGACGAGCAAGCAGAAUUGGGAUUCGUCGAGGCACUAUGUCCCAUCGAUCGUGGCGUGACCGCUGACUCCGACGGCAUUCCCGUUCCUGACAUUAGUGACCGGGAAUUUAAUACCAUCCUAUCCCUCAUUGCCCGAGCCAAGGGAAGCCGAAUCACAGUCAUUCUUGACUGUUGCCACUCCGGUGGUGUCAGCCGG